GGUAUCUUUUUUUUUGAUUGGCAACACCGUUUGUGCCGAUGAACGCACGUCGUUUUGCACGACAAAAGCCCGAAACGAGCGAACGGGCAACGAGCUGAAUAUUUUCCUUUUUCUUGCUUUCCUCGACGAGGAGUUAAAAAUAAAAUUUUCGCAAUGGAAGAUGUUGCAGAAAUAAAAGCGAGAAUAUAAUAAUUAAAAGUCAAUUCUUUUUGAAUACAAAGAACUUGCCGAUUCUUUUGUUAAAUUUGAGUUUCUCGAAAACAAAGCGAAAUACAUAAGAAAGAAAGGAAAUUUAAGUGAAGUUCCAUUUUUCUACAAACGACAACUGAUUUAUAAAUAAAAGGACCAUUGAUUUGAGGAAUUCUUCAAGUAACUUAUCGAUUCAGAUAGGCCACGGCCCAUUCUCGGCUUGAAAAUCGUCCUGUUGGAGAGGCCAACAAUAUUGGUUAAAAAAGCCUCGGCUUCGAAAAAGGCGCUAAUAUAGGAAGUAGUCGAUUGACAAGUUUGCUUAAGGAUCUCCAAAAUAAUUGUUCAAUAAUAAGCUAAUACUACAAAAAUAUAGUACUUGGUGGCCUACAGAGUUAUAAGUGUUAACUUAUUUUCGUCCGAGUCAUAUAAUAUAUAUUGGCAUCAUUUGCCUAUUUAAAUAAAAAGUAAACUGGUUAAAAAGGAAACUAUUUUCAUGUACUUUUAUGAUUGCUAUCCUAUUUCUACCUUACAUCGGCAACUACGCUAUUCAGCGAAAGAAGUAGAGCGCAAAAGCCUUUGAAAGUUAUUAGACGAAAGAAAACAUCAAGUAAACGUAUUAAAACUGACAGCAGCAGUAAUAAAAGCGUAAAUAGCAACGGCGGCAGCAUAGUAGGAGUGGAAGAUCAGUCUUCUGAAUAAUGAGUCGCCAUGAAGGAGUCAGUUGUGAUUCUUGUCUCAAAAGCAACUUCAAUGGUCGCCGCUACAAAUGUUUAAUUUGUUAUGAUUACGAUUUAUGCGCUGAUUGCUAUGAAGAGGGCGUUACAUCGACUCGUCAUUUGGUUGAUCAUCCAAUGCAAUGUAUUCUAACGCGAUCCGACAUAGAACUGUUUUUUGGUGGCGAAAUGCUCAAUUCGGAGCAGCCACAAAGUUUCACAUGUCCCUAUUGCAAAAAAAUGGGGUUUAGCGAUGCUACAUUGCUAGAACAUGUUUCGGCUGAACAUACGGAGACCAGCCUUGAGGUAGUGUGUCCAGUGUGCGCCGGUCUACCGGGUGGGGAACCGAAUCUAGUCACAGACGACUUUGCCGGUCAUCUAACAUUGGAGCAUCGAACGGGACCACGUGAAUUGAUUUCGUUUCUGGAUGAACCAUCUGCUAUUCGACAUGGAGGUGGUGUACGUAGGAUUCCAGGGCGUACGCUUGGUGGGCCACGCGCACGUCGUUCCAAUAUGCACUUUACUUCAGCGAGCGGUUUAUCUGCCCUAUCACCAUCCGGAAGGGAGUCGGUUGACCCUAUAGCCGAACUACUAUCACAGUUAUCGGGUGUGAGACGAGGCGGACCGCAGACAUCCCAAUUGCAACAAUUGCAGAUGCAAAUACAAUUGGAACGUCAACAAGUGACGGCAACACGCCAACAGUUGGAACGCUUGCCACGUCGGGCACAUCCGAUGGUAUCUUCAUCGAAUUCAAAUGCAACCAUGCCGGAGGUGAUAAGUAGCGGCCCAAUAUUGAGUGGCAGUGGCUCUGGUGGUAGUGGUGCAAGCGGUUCUGGUAGUGUCAAUGGUAGUGGUGGUACCUCAUGUCGCACUAACGAAUGGACGGUGAAUCCGUCGUUAGCAGCCCAACAGCAAUCGCAAUCAGGACUGACGGGCAACAACACACUCAACAGCAGAGAGAGUGGGGGUGGAAGUAGCAGUGUAAAUGGUGGUAGUGGCAGUAAUGCCAGCAAUGUAAUAGGCAUGUCAGUUGCCGGUGGGGCAGUUGGUACGUCUGUUAAUUGUUCAGGCACCGGAGCAGAUGGUCAAUCACAUUUUUUGCUAACAAAAUUCAUGCAGCCAACAUUGAGUGAUACGGAAUGGGCUGAAAUGGAACGGGAGCGAUCUGAUCGAUCGCAAUUUGUGCAAGCGCUUCUAUUGUCAACCCUUUCCUUUGAUUCGCUUGACACUAUUGCAAUUAGUGGCGCCGACGUUGAGCGUGACAACCGCGGCGAAUCACAGGAAACUAACAGUGAUAAUGUAAAUAAUGAGAAAGUCUCAGCCGUCAACACAAAAAGUGAUGCCAAUGCGAGGGAAUCGUUGAUGAAUAAUAAUACGGACGCCUCGGCACAAACCACAAACACGAGUGGCGGUGGGGGUGUUAGCGCAGGCAGUAUGCAUGGAAGCGGUCGACAACAGGUGCAUCAGCAGCAACAGACCUCUCCGGAGGAUAUUGCUGAUGAGUACAAGCAAUUACAGCAGCAGCAACAGCAACAACAGGCACAGCAGCAAACCUACACAUCAAAGAAGAAAUCAUCGAGCAACACUGGUGCGAGUGGUGGGGCUGGAGGUACUGGUGGUAAAACGGCAGCUGACAGAGGUAUUGAGCGACGGGGUCGACCACCACCUCCACCAGUUGGUGGGGGCGCAGCGGCUACUGGCUCACAACCCCAACAACAUUCUAGGUAGUGCUAUCGUCCUCAUCAACCACGACAUGAUCAAAAACAGAAACAGCAAAAACUAAAACUGCAACAUAAAAACAAACAAAAGAAACAACAGAAAGAGAAUUUGGAGCAAAAACACAUAAACACCCACAACCAUAACCCCAACAAGAAUAAAUCCCAUUUAGCACAGCAACAAAGCAGACGAACGGCAUGUCCAGCAUCAGAAAUAAACACACAGUGCUAUGACGGUGAGGUGACAGUUGAAGCAAUUGGAAUAAGGGGCAAGAAGACGACGGAUACAUAAAGAAGCAGCAGAAGCAACAACCAGAGAAAAAGAUUAUAAAUAUGGUUUAUUAAAUAUAUUAUAAUUAUAAUUAUUAAAAUUUAUAUAAUUAUGAAACAAAACAAAAACAAAGAGAAGGCAACCCAACCAAGCAACACACCUAUUGUAAUCAAAUGAACUAAUUAUAAUUUUAAAGAAAUUGAACAUUUAAAAUUAAAGGAAAAACUAUUAAAAGAUAAAUAACGAAAAUAUCUGUAGCAUGGCCAAUUUGGAUAUACAUACACAUUUCACGUUUACAUGAAUAUAUGGAAAUAAUAUGUUUGUAAAAAAUGAAAGCGUGUAAGCCAGAACGAAUUAGAAUGAUUUUAAUGUGGUUACUUCAAACGGGCUUAAAAUACUUCAAUUUCAAUAGGGUAAAUUAUGUAUAUGUAUGCAAAUACACAAAAGAAAACACUUGAGAUGAGAUUUUUCAAACUUUUAUUGUUAACAAAGCCUCCAUUCAUAUACGUUUUAUUGCUAUAAAAAUGUAGGCGUAUUAAUUUAAAAAGUUACAGUAAAAGAUUUAGCUAAUUUUUCCGAAUUGUUCUCGAUAAUUCGAACUUUAUAUCGCAAAGUUUACUUUCAUAGAAAUUUCUUUGUGCUCAAUAGGUUUUUGUGAUUCCGCAGUUAUAAAUUAUUAACUAUUUACAUAUGUGUACUUGGUUUACGUUUUUUUUGUUGGAAAAAUAAAUAGCGCGAUUUUGAAAAUCGCAUUAUUUUAUUAGACGCUUUUGACACCAACUAAAAUCUCUAUUACGAUGGUAUUGAGGACUGAUUUUAACAGAUUGGUAUUGAUGAUUAUAUAAUGCUAAUUUAUAAAUGUUUCUUAACUACCUUGACCUAUACCUUGUCUCUCUUGGAGGCAAGAAGGCGAAUUGUUUCUCGUUAAACAUCUUAUUAUUGAUGCGUAACUACGAAAGAGAUGCGAAACAAUAUUUUUGGUAAGAGGUUUAGGUUUUUUGCUUAAAGCUACAAAUAGAAAUGUUUUUUGAGGUUUUUUAAUUUGCGAAAACAUGUUUUUUAUUAAAAGAAAUAUGGGAUCAUGCUACAAAAAUUCAUGAAAUGACGUACAAUUUCGCAAUUUGAUUCAAGUACAUCCGGAUAUCACACGUUUUUGGGGGUGCAAACAUUAUUAGUAGAAAAUAAAAUUUUCAAAAGUCCAAGGACAAAAGAAUUAUGGGGAAAUCGUCAAGUUAGUAAAUAAAUAUCACUUAAAAAUACA